AUGGCAUAUCCCGUAAUAGAGCUGAGCCAGAAUUGCGACGUCAGUUGCUUUGUCUGCACGGAAGAUCUCCAUGGCUCAACCUACUGUUGUCUAGAUUGUGAUAUCUAUCUCCAUGAGUCGUGUGUUGGAUUGCCUCUCCAGAUACGGCAUCCCUCUCAUUCAGAACACUGCCUGACAUUGUCGAGGAGUCGCCGCUCCGAUCUCUACAGAUGUAAUGGCUGCAGUAAAUCCUCCGGGAAAUCCUUCAUCUACUGCUGCGACGACUGCAUGUUUACGCUCGAUAUAGCUUGUGCAGUUUCAACUCUGCCUCCCCCGGAAGGUCAUCGGGAGGAGGAGACGAUUCAGCAUUUUGCUCAUGACCAUCGCCUUACCUUCUUCAACAUGGAUAGGGCAAUCAAGAUCAUGUGCAGAUUGUGCGAGCAGCUGAUCUCGGGUCCGACCUAUGGCUGUGGGGGCUGCUUUUUCUUGCUCCAUGAGUCCUGCGUGCAAUUACCCAGGGAGAUACCUCAACACCCUUUCCACAACUAUGGGCAUGCUGUUAUACUCGUUACCGACACAAAGGAAGUUUUCCUAUGUAAAGCCUGCAAACAAUAUCAUCAGUUUGCAUACCGCUGCGAUGGAUGCGCGCUCAACCUAGGCGUGCAAUGUGCUGUUUCGACUCUGCCACUACAGGACCAACAAAAGGAGGACUCUCAGACGAUCCAGCAUAUUUUCCACUCCCAUAAAUUGACAUACUUUUGUUUGGAAAUGGACAAUGAUAUCCAGUGCAAAGCCUGUGACCUAAACAUAUCAGGUGAAAUUUACGGUUGCCUUGAAUGCAUUUUCUUCCUCCAUAAAUCAUGUGCCGAAUUGCCCCAGGUAAUGGUUCAUCCUCUUCAUCCCCACCCUCUAUAUCUCGAAGCAAAACCUCUCCAGUGCCGGUGCUGCUACAGAAACUCCCUUGGCUUCGUUUACAGUUGUCAAAAUUGUCGACCCUUCGGACUCGACCUAGAAUGCACUCAGAAAACUCUUUCUGCUUUCAAAGAGGGGUUACCUGCGGAAAUUCAUCAUACUUUGCACCCCCAUGCCUUGGCCCUUCAUAACUUUGCUGGGCCCGGUUUUGUUCUGUGCAAGGUUUGUCAGCAUCCACUACAAGGUCUAGGCUACUCAUGUCCAUAUCCCGGUGAGUUCUUCGAGCUCCAUAUAUUGUGUGCCGAGCUGCCACUAGAAUUAGAACAUCCAUGUCACCCCAAACACCCCCUCACGCUUCUUCCAGCGGCAUCAAAUGGCCGAUCCUUUAAUUGUGGUGCCUGCCACAGAGAGUCUAAAGGCUGUGCGUUUUUCUGUGCUGAAUGCCAGUUCUACUUGGACGCAAGCUGUGCUGCCCAGAAACUGACUUUCAAACAUCAGCUCCAUGAGCACAGUCUAACUUAUUUUCAGAGAACGAAGUAUUUGCAAUGCAAUCGAUGCAGCAACAACUGUAAUAUGGACCUCUACCGCUGUGUUGAAUGCAAUUUCAAUCUUCAUCACGAUUGUGCUCCUCUACCACCUAGUGUCAAACACGAACUUCACUUCCAUCUGUUAUUGCUCUGUGAUAGAGUUGUCGACGAGUUUUACAAGGAGCAGUACUGCGAUCUGUGUGAGAUGCCCAGGAACCCUGAACAUGGGGUUUAUUACUGUGAAGAAUGCAAUUGUGCUGCUCAUAUCGACUGCGCGAUCCCCAAGGUCGAAUCGAAGGGAGGGAAGGAAGCAGUCCAAAACCCUCUCCUUGACGAACUAAAUGAAGAAAUCACAAGGUUGGAGGUAAAUGUGGAGGAAAUGAAGAGAAAGCUGGAGGCGCUCAAGAGGAAGCGGGCCAAAAUGAGUUCUCUAUCCUUGAUCUUUGAAGUGGGUGGAACAAAGCACCGGGCUUCCAAAAUGGAGCUUCCAGUGUACCCUUCUGAAAAAACACUCAAGGCUCUUCUGGAUGUAAGGACCUCUAACGUGCUUCGGUUCUGUUACGGUCCAUCCUGGUUCCUGCUAAGCAGAAAAUAUUUCACUGACCUUUUCUUAAAUGUUUUUCAAACUGCAGAUGCAGCGGCAGGAGGAUCUUCCCACCGCAGUCAUGCCUAA